GGCAAAAAGGAAAAGAAACUCUGAAGUGAAAAAAGUAAGGAUUACGUAAUGUAAGUGGUUGUACAAGAGCGAAAUAACGACGGGCGCGAGCACCUGCACGGAGCUGACAACAAUAACAAAAAACAGUAACAUCAACAGUAGGAGUCACAAGUUUCUGACGUAGGGAUUUUGUAUUAGUAUAGAGAAACGUCAGGGUGACGCGACGGUGACGUGAAGUAACGUGCUGGGGCGUUAUCAGGGUGGCGCGACAUCCUUGCAGCUCGCAUAGUUAGUAACGGUGAUUUAAGGUCGGUCGGUACGAUGAAGGAACACGAAAGCGGCCUAAGAGACCAACAUUGGCUCUUUUGUUCAACAGUUUCAAGUAUGGUGCUUCUGACAAUGCUAACUCUUGGUCUCGGGACGCUUAUUGGAGCGAGGAUUACCAAUCAAGAGAUAGUGACAAUGAGUGAGGCACAAGCAGUGGCUGGAAAUAUUGCGCAACUACCAUGCGAUGUAGAACCUCCAGUACCUAGUGAUAAAGUGCAUCUCGUCAUCUGGUACAAAGAACCAACUGACUCACCUAUUUAUAGUUUCGACUCUCGACGGAUAUCAGCUUUAGAACACGGUAGCCACUGGCAAGAUCCCAGUUUAGGAGGUCGGGCCUUCUUCAAGCAUGCUGACACUCCAGCAAAGUUGAACCUUGAGUCCGUGAAGGAGAUGGAUGCUGGACUUUAUAGAUGUCGAGUGGACUUCAAGCAAUCACCAACUAGGAACAGCAAAGUCAAUUUGACUGUCAUUAUACCGCCGGAACAGCUCAGCAUUUUGGAUGAGGACGGUGAAUCGCACAUACCCUAUUAUGUGCUUGGCCCGUAUAGCGAAGGGGCUUCGCUGAACAUCACCUGCGUCGCUGCAGGAGGACGUCCACAGCCUCGGGUAACUUGGUGGCAAGAGAAUGCUUUACUUGACGACAGUUACGAAGUAGUCGGCAUUAGGAAAGUGAGAAAUGUCCUUCGACUGGAAAAACUCGAACGCAAGCAUCUGCAUACGAUAUUGACUUGUCAGGCCUCAAAUAACAAUAUAGUUGCACCAAUAUCCAGCUCUGUAUCUCUCGACAUGAACUUGAGGCCGUUGUGGGUACGACUUCAAGGGGAGAAUCGCCCAUUGAGCGCAGAAACGACUUACGAAAUAGGAUGCGAGAUCGUCGGAGCCAAGCCGACGCCAACGAUAGAAUGGACGAAAGGAGGGGUUGCUCUUCGAAAUGUUCGCCAGACGAUUAGCCCAGAUGGCAAUACGACAACAAGUAUCCUCACCUUUGUUCCAAGUAUUGAAGACGCUGGCAAGUUUCUUUCCUGCCGUGGCAGUAUCCCUGUAAUCCCAGAUUCUGAAAUGGAGGACGGAUGGAAGCUGGAUAUACAUCACGAACCGGUAAUCACGUUAGAGCUUGGCAGUAACUUGAAUGCGAGUGCUAUUCGUGAGGGCCUCGACGUCUACUUCGAGUGCAACAUUAAAUCGAAUCCCUGGGUCUACAAAGUCUCUUGGAAACACAAUGGAAAUCCGCUGUAUCACAGCGUAGCCAGUGGCACGAUAGUCAGCAAUCAGAGUCUCGUGCUGCAAAACGUGUCGCGAAACAGAGCCGGCACUUACACUUGCAUUGGCAGCAAUCAAGAGGGCGACGGAGAGAGCAAUCAACUGAAUUUGGACAUAAAAUUCACGCCUGUUUGUCGGCCCGGUCAGACGAAAGUAUUUGGAGUCGCGCGACAGGAAAAUAUCAGGAUACCCUGUGAACUCGAAGCAAAUCCUCGUAAUGUUGUUUUUACCUGGAAAUUUAACAAUACCAUGGAAACUAUGGACAUAUUCAAUGAGCACAUAAGUAGUGAAAACACCCACUCAGUCGUUUCAUAUACGCCUACAACUGAACUGGAUUAUGGUACUUUACUCUGUUUGGGUGCGAACGAGCUAGGAAGUCAAACUGAACCGUGUAUCUUCCACAUUGUACCAGCUGGUCGACCAGAUGCACCAUAUAACUGCACCAUUCAAAAUACAACGACGGAUACAUUGCGAACUGAAUGCUUCGAAAGUUUUGACGGCGGUCUGCCCCAGAAGUUCACGCUACUGGUGGAGCUCGUAUCGAGCCCAAGCUCCUCCAAGUCCAUAGGUGCACUCGUCUACAACCUGACAAGUAAAUCGCCGAGUUUUGGUGUCAGCAUCUUGGAGCCUGGUUCCACCUAUUUGCUUACUAUCUAUUCAAGUAAUGCCAAAGGACGCAGUGAGUCUGUCAAUCUACGCGCUACAACGCUCAAUUUACCCGAACGUCGAAUCGGUGAAAAGCCAACGCGGCCUCCAUCACCAGAGAACUGCACAAUUAUGGAAGAAAGCCGGACGACUGUACGAGUAAGUUGCGCCGAGAGUGGUUACGUUGAUCCUGUGUACGUGCUUCAAGUAUUCGAUGCGGAGACGCGUCGACUCCUAGCGUCGGCCUCAAGCAUGACACCUUCAAUACUGGAAGUGACAGAUUUACCUGCGGAACGUAGCCAAUCGGGCCUCGUGCUUUUUCUUCGAGUUGUGGCCGACGAUGCAACGAGCGAUGCCACGGUCCUACAUAGUCAGCAUCUGCUACGCGAUGGCAAGAAUCCGGAACAUCAAAUCUUCCCAGCUCUAUCUCCGGUAAUUCUGUCGCUGUCGGGCCCACUACUAGGUGUUGUAGUGGGUGCAGCUGUUGGACUUUUGAUCGUCAUCUUUCUUAUCGUACUGGCCCUUAAAUUGCGCUACAGACGCCGAUCUCCAGAUAACAAGGAUUCCCAGCAUGAUGAUGGCGGUAUGGCAACACUAACACCGCCCAAUGAUAAGUCUAGCUCCCUCCCACUCAGUAGUGACAGUGUCGAGAGUUUCGAGAAGGAUCCGGAUAUUAUACCCCAUGCGACAGAUAAUUCCUACUCCGAAUUAUGUAAAGGAACAUCAUUACGAUACUUAUUACAACAGCAACAACAGCAGCACUCAACUCCUCACAUUGGACCAGGAUCACUCAAUUCGUUGAAUAAUGCGCCGAAAAUGCAGUAUGCUGACCUUACUUUAAGGAUUAAUCGCCGGGUACCACCUAAUUGCUACCAACCUGUGCCCGUUUCGAACGUCCAGCGUCCUCAGCUACUCCCGAUGUCAACACUUCCGCGGAGGCAACCCUCUUCUUCAGCGGGCAUUAACGAGCCAAUCAUUUACGCGGAAGUCGCACCUGGACAUUCGGCUAAAUCAAUCUACAUACCGCCACCGCACCAAUACAUGACAAACAGUCGCUUGGCGGAUGACACGACAGUCGAGACGCCUCUCAUCCGCUGCGACAAUAAGAUUACGACAAUUACCGAAGCGGCAAACACCUGGCGUGGAGAUCUUUCAAAUUCACCAACAACGAAUACUUCGUCGACAUGACUUUGUGACGACGCCAAGUGCGUCAUUUCAUCCGAAACGAUGAACAGUAGUGAUCUUUAAAAGUUUUAUAUGGUCGUGCUGUCAUUCCAUGCGAAUCAUUCGUGUAAUAUAAAUAUACAUUUCGCGAUAUAAGUGUCGAGAGUUAAUGCUGAUAAGCACGAUAAAACGUUUAUUACUAGGUAAUAUAUUGUUAAUGAAAAUUAAAAAUUUGGAAUAUACAGUCGUGAGUAUAGUGUGUAUGCGAUUAUGAGUGUAUUGUACAAAGAUUUAUUUAUUACAGCCAUUGAAUG